UUGAAGUUUGCCGCUGUCCGAUUGGCUAAGAGGGACCUGACCCCGCCCCUUUUGAUUCCUUCACUUUCCUCCCCAGGUAGAAAAAUAGAACACUUCCUGGAUUAGCUUGAGAGAGGGACAGGGAGAUUGUGGAGCUGGGAUAGAAGAGAAAAGCAACGGGAGGGAAGGAGGAGCGAAGGCAUGGGGUAGAAAAGGAAGGAGAGAUGCAAGAGAUUGCCGGGUUUCCAAGUGUGGAGAUGUCAUAGAGAGUCAUAGGACCUGCGAAUUCUUUUUUACCUCUCUCCUUUUCCAUCUCAGAGAUUGUAAGCAGUUCUAUGAGGUUUCCUGCUAUUUGGAUGAAUGUGCCUGAUUUUGGGGAGGGUUUGUGUGUGUUAAGUUGGGUCCUUUCUUUUUGCGGGCAUUGCUUCUGAUCACUCUGAAAUUGCAUUACAUUUUAGAAUAAUUUUAAAAGUCCUCCCCAUCUUUACCUAUUUUAAGGGGUGUGAGGUCAUUUCUUUUGGAGGGGAUUUAGCCCUCACUAAAAAAAUAUGAAUUAAAUAUUAACAUAAUUCCGAAAAGCCUUCUCAAUUCCUCUAAAUUUCUUUUAUGAGCCUGAUAUGAACAUUAUUUAAGAAUACUUACCCUAUCCUUUAAAGAAAUAGUGAUGUUUUGUAUGCUGAUGAGAAAUUGGGACGAAACCUAAAACCCUAAAUGCAUUUGAAGCCUGGCAGUAAUGUUGAAUGAAGCUGCCAGAGUAUGUUAGAAUUUGGUUUAUUUGGAUGACUGGUGUAUAGGAUCUGUGUCCUCGAUGCGUGCCAGAUCCCAAAUAAUAGUUCCACACUUUCACCAGCAUCACCUCCUUCCUCCGCAUUUUUGUCCCCUUGGUGAACUUGUUUGUUUUUGUUUCCCUGACUCCUACAUUUCAGGACAAAAAAAAUGCCUAGAAAAGGUGGGAGGGAUUACUUCUUCUGUGAGUCAUCUGUUCUGAUGGAAAACAUAUAAUCCGUACAACUUCCUUGGUAAAUGUCUAAACUCCUUGCCCGAAGGUGAGAUUAUGCUGAUUAAAAUACCAGAUUAUCGAGCUCUGCAUCUCAGGAAGCGCCGGUUUGUGAGGCAUUUUCAACAUAUUUGAUCUGUGUUGGCUUUUAUCUCCCCUCCUUUCCUUUCUCUUGUUCCUAAUCUGUAUAGUCUCGCUCAGACAGGUCAGUGUUCAUUCCUUUGGCCUGAUCUUGAUAGAUACUGUACUGUUCUUUUUUUUGUGAAAAAGGAAAGGUGCAGGUGGGGGGAAAGCUGUGUAUUUUUGCAUUUGAACCUAGCAAUACAGAGAUUCGUGUUCGAUGAAGGGAGACUCUGGGAAACAGUUGAGAACUUUGUGCUUUGGAAGAAGUUCUCUCGGUUAAAGUGACCUGCCGGCCUUUCAGAAGAUUAAGAAAACUAUGUGGAAGUGAAAAGAUCUUAAAUCCUGUUCUUCAAAUCCGGUGUUCUGGGGGAAGAGGGUGAAAGGGGAAACAGUUAGGUUUUAGAAACCGGCUCUUUGCCAGGCUUUGUAAGCAAGUGGAAAGCAAACCGCAAAGCUGGGGCUCCGAGGCGAGAUGAACUUACUUCUGGGGGCAUGUGGGGAAGGCUCCGAGACACUCCUCCACGGGGAAUUUGGGGCCUAUCCUCCCAAAGGGACGCGUUAUGCCCUGAGCCUCACACGGACGGAGUUGCACAUCCAGCGCCUGGUGCCCAAGCCAGACACAGACCACCGGACUGUGGUGCGACUGGUAGAUGUGGUGGGAUGCCACACCAUGCGCAGCCACACCGUGGCAAACAGCUCGGCCUUCUUCUGUGUCUACUCUUAUCCCCUGAAGAAAAAGAAGGUGGCGGUGGGCUCUGGCCGGGCCCGGCAACGCGUGGCGAAGACCUUUCAGGUGGACAGCUCUGACCGCUAUGAGGAUAACCUCCACAUCGCGGAGAAAUGGGCAGCUGCAAUCAAGUGCCUGGUGCUGGGGAUUUCUGUCUCAAGUGAAACAGAGAUCAGCAGAAGCCUCCUGCCCCGUCCUCGUCGCUUGCUCCUUCUGCUAAACCCCUUUGGCGGCAAAGGCAAUGCCCUCCAGUGGUGCCAGAAUCACAUCCUGCCCAUGAUUACAGAGGCCGAUGUCAGCUUCAACUUGAUCCAAACAGAGAGGCAGAACCAUGCCCGGGAGCUGGUACAGAGCAUCAGUUUAGCUGAAUGGGAUGGCAUUGUAGCCAUUUCAGGAGAUGGACUUCUUUAUGAGGUCAUUAAUGGUUUGAUGGAGCGUCCAGACUGGGAAGAAGCCAUAAAAAUGCCCCUUGGGAUUCUCCCCUGUGGGUCUGGAAAUGCAGUCGCUGCCGCAAUUAACUUUAAUGCUGGGUUUGAUCAGACCUUGGGCCAGGAACUGUUGACGAAUUGCACCCUCCUGCUUUGCCACGGGGCAGUAUCCCCCCUGGACCUGGUCUCCAUCACCACCUCCUCAGGCUCCCGCUCCUUCUCCUUCCUCAGCGUGGCCUGGGGCUUCAUCUCCGACGUGGACAUUGAGAGUGAGAAGUACCGCCACAUGGGGUCGGCCCGCUUCACCUUGGGGACCAUGGUCCGUCUGGCCUCCCUGAACACCUACCGGGGGCGCCUCUCGUACCUUCCCGCCCCAGACUCCACAGGCCACCGUCCUAUUUUGCGCAGCAUCACAAUGGCAGCCAACGGGAGCCUCCCCUUCCAGAGGAUGCCUCUCCACCGCACCGUUUCUGACAUGGGUCUCUGUGAGGAGCGCCGCACCUUCUGCUACCGGGGGCUGGAGUCUGCUGAUGAGCCUGCCCCUUCGCCUAAUUCUCCACCUCCUUCUUCCGGCUUCCCUACCUCCGCCUUCAGCUUUGAGACCCUGUCGGAGCAGCUGGUAGCCGACGGCCUGGGAGCCCAGGAGGUGGCAGCCCCCACCUCCUUGCCCUCUUCCACCCGGCAAAUGCGUGGCCCCCCAGACAACUUCUUGGCUCCCCUUGACCAGCCAGUGCCCAAAUCUUGGGUGACGGUAGAGGAUGAUUUUGUGCUGGUGUUGGCCAUCUACCAGACUCACCUGGGGGCUGACCUGUUUGCGGCUCCCUUUGCCUGCUUCAAUGACGGCCUCAUUCACCUGGCCUACGUCAAGGCAGGCAUUUCCCGGGCAGCCCUGAUCCGCCUCUUCUUGGCCAUGGAGAAAGGCACUCACUUCGAGCAAGGCUGCCCCCACGUCACCAACAUCCCCGUUCGGGCCUUCCGCAUCGAACCCCUCACCCACAAGGGCAUCAUCACUGUGGAUGGUGAGAGGGUGGAGUACGGCCCCAUCCAGGGACAAAUCCACCAUGGGGUGGCCAACCUCAUCACAGGGAUCAGCCCAGUGAAGAUUACGAAGUUCUGAGCCAGUUCCAGGCCCACCUCCCCUUGCAGGAACAUGUAGCAGAUCUGGUGUGACAUGCAUUCACUCUUCUCCGACCUUGUUUCAAGAAAGGGUAUAAAAUGACAGAGGAAUGGGAGUAUGGGGAGAGGAAAAAUGGUUUCUAAAAUGCAGUGGCCUCCUCCAAUCUUAGUGGGCAAUCUGCUGGAAACCUAUUGCAACAUCAUAAAUCCCCUCUGUGAGCCAACAUCAAUGGCCACUCCCCUGUGAUCCUCUGCUGCUAUCUUAGUUAUGCAAAGGUUUGAAGGGUGACUUUUCCCCCACCCCAUUGGCCUAAUUUUUCAGGUCUGGUCUACAUUUCCCAUCAAAAAUAAGCAAUUUGACCCUAGGGCUCCCUUUUUUGUUAAUUUGAUGGAUAGAAAGGUGAUAUUCCUCCAUACACUACCUUUUUCUGACAAGGAAUAGCACUUCUGGCCAUCCCACUGACCUAGUUUCUUGGAAAUGCUGCUUAGAAGUUCUUUUUAAUCCACUUUUCCAACUUCUCCAUGGCUCUUGCUCCAGGGACUGCCAGCAGCUUAGCUCCAGCCCUUAUAGAAUCUAUGGGACAAACUAAAAGAGUUUCUAAGCUGACAUUCCCAGCCUGGUGCCCUCCAGACACAUUGGACUGUUCCCCAGAUCAUUUCCAGGCAGAAUGGGCACUUCUCAAACCUGCCACCUAUCCAGAUACAACUCCCAUCACCCCCUGCCAGCCUACUGACGCACAUCCAGAUAGGUGACAGAUUUGGGGGACAUUCCCCUAAUGUCAUUCUUGUUUCAAAACUUGGUGGUGAAUGGUCAUAUGGACCUGUUUGCACAUGAGCAGCACUGACCUUUCCUGGGCCUUUCAGUCCAUGGGGCUAAUUUUAAUUGCCCUUGUCCCUUCAGUGAUGAUCUUUUCCCCCUUCCCAUUGUUCCCUAGUUACCUUCUCUUAUGCCUUCAAGCUGAGCCAGACACCCCUUUUGUGUGAAUAGAAAUCUUUUGGUCCACUUCCUUGGAAGACCAAGCCAACACCCUCACAUUUUGCCACAUUUGGCAAAGACAAAAGGAUGGGAACCACAAGGCUUCAUUUGCUGAUCCUUGCCAGUCCAAUUAUUUACUCAGAAGUGUAUGCUUCUGUGUACACCUAUAAAACUGGGUGCGCCUCCCUAAGAUGUUGCUGAGCUGCAACUUCUGUCCUCCUUGAUGAGAGUUGGAGUACAGUAACAUUUCAAAGUUUAUCCGUUCUUCAAACUGACAUAAAUAAUAGAAAGUCUCUGAAGUUCAGAACUGGACAUAUGAAGUAGCUUCUGAAACACUACCACUCUCUCUCUUUCCCCCUCCCUUUUAAGCCCCUAAAAUAAUCGAUGUUGCGCAUUUUCCACCUUCCUGUUUGACCUAUAUUUGGUCCUGCCUUCUCUUCUAUAGAGUGGUGACCAGUGACUUUUUAGGGAAGGAAGGAAACAUUCUGUCUUGAUCCUGUUCUGGCUUCGUUUUAGCCAGCUGGAGAUGCAUUAAAAAAAAGGUGGGAUCAACCUUCUUUCUCUGUCACAUCAAUGACCUCUAAUCUGGCUUUCUAGAAACACACUGGAUGAAUGUAACUGGAUUUUUUUUUCUUUUGGGAGGGGUUUGAUUUUGGGGGAUAUCUUUAUUUUUUUCCUCCCCACCAUGUGGGGGCUAACAAAGCAAUUAAAAUGAUCUAAUACUGUAAUAGAACAUGUGUCUCUAUAUGAAAUGAUGUUUACUCUAUACAUACUGUCUGUCUCUCUUUAACAGAUGCUAAACCAGCAGAUCAAUUUGGUAAAUGUCCCACUUUGCAGAACUUUCCACACCUCUUUUAUGAAACAGAUCUUGGAAAAGUUACUUGGGCAAUGAAAACCCAGAAUUCCCCCAGCCAGCUUAGCCACUAUCCAAAAAGCAAUAUUAUAAAAGUCCAGAUUAUAAAGUGACGUAUCUGGUGAAUUGGCUAGUCUAGAUGUGUCACACAGUUUCUUGGGGAGGGGGGGGGUGUUAUUUUGUUUCUUCUGAAAAAUUAAAAUAAUAAUGGUAGAUCAGACCAACAUAGUCGAGUACCUACCAGUCAACAGUGGCCAGCUGACUUCCUCUAGAACAGCAAUGCCCAAAUGUUGAUCUUCCCAUGUGUUUUGAAGACCAGCUCCUAAAAGUCCUAGUUGACCUGGCCAAGACCUGGGCGCUGAAAUCUAAAACAUUUGGAUACCAUCAUUUGGAAACCACUGCUUUAGAACAAAGGUGGCUCUUCAGGUGUCCUUACGAGCAUUGGAUUUUAAAGGCUAUUUUGAGACGUGGGCCUUUUGGUGCCUUUGAGAUGUAGGUUGAGUUGCCCCAAUGGCUUGCUGGCUGGGUCAUGAUGGGAAUUAUAGUCAAAACAUAUCUCAAUAACAAGAUGUUGGGACACCUGGAGUUGGGCAGAGCUUAGUAUGACACUGAUGGCACAACUAAGGAAUGUGUGGCCUCUCAGAUACUGUUGAAUUCUAAUUCCCUUCAGCCCUGGUUGCCUUGUCAUAGUUGGCAGAUCAUAGGGGAUGGAGUCAAACAAUAUGUAGAAAACUACAGCUAUCUCUCCAUGUUGCUCUGGGGUUGGGUGUUCAGGAUUCCCAUGAAAAUGGGAAAACUAUGAAGGUCCUCCAUUGUGAUUCAGUGGUUGACAUCUGUAGGAAGUUGACCACAGAGUUCUUCUGGAACACAUAGAGAUUGCUAGAGAGAUUUUCUUUCUAAGAAUCUCUAGGUCCUCCAGAACAACACUGUGGUCAAUCUCCAGCAGAAGUUGAGCAUACAGUCGCAUUAGAGGACCUAGAGAUUCCAAAAGGGACCCUAUUAAAUAAAUCCAUAAAAAAGCAAAUCCGCAAAGGUAAAUCCUGCAAAUGUGGAAGUCUUAACUGUAAGCAUUCCUCUUUCUAAGGACUAGAGAAAUAAAUAUAGCAAGGAUCUGGGAUGCACUGGAUUUCCAUGGGAGGGUUUAUGCUGCUGCCAUUUGAGAAGGUAAAUGUGGAGUAACAAGGCCCUUAGUUUGGGGUCAUUCUCUUCACUAUUUAUGUUUGCUUUAUCUACAAAGAGCGAAGGAUCCUGCUUCCAUCCUUUCCUUUACCCAGAGGUCGGCUCAAGCAAGAGAGGUUAGCAAAUGCAGCCAUAAGGAUUGCUGGUCUCUCUGGCUUCUGGGAAUAGUGUGAAAAAAAGGAUGGCAGGUGUUUGGGCUGAUAGCAGUAGAAGGCAUAGAUCCAGACAGAGCUUGGAAAACAACUGACUUUUAAUAGGAUUGCCAGAGUGGAAACUGGAGGGAGUUGUCAUACCUUGAAUGAUUGUAUAGGAUUUCACCCAGGUAGCAAGGAACACUUGUUGAAAUUCCUACAUCUAUAAAGACACAUCUAUAAAGUGUAGGAGCAUUUUCCAGUUUUCACUUUGAUAACCCUACGCUUGAACUAUUGCUCCCAGAAUCUCCCAUGCAGUGUAAGAGACUGGGAAUUAUAGUCCAAAAGAAAAUGCAGACUCCAAUCUGUGGGAGAGAAAGGAUAUCUCUUCAGUAUAUUACACUGUCUAAAACCAGAGCUUGGAAGUAACACAGCUGAAGCUCUUUCUUAUAAUACAAUAUUUUACAUGUCAUGAGUCUACAACAGCAUUCCUUUUGAAAAAGAAGUUUUCUUGGGAUAUCUGAGGGAGUUUGAAUUCUAGAUUAUUUCCCAACUUUCAUAAAUUGUUUUUUCCCCUCAAGAAGCAGCUAGUAACAGAUUGUCCUCGUUGCUCAUUUUUUUCAGGGAUAGAGUCCACAAAGUAGGGUGUGUGGGUUGAAAUCUUCCUAAAGAAUCAUAUUCUGAAUUUAUUUUUAAAAAAUAACAAGUUCUGGUAUUGACCUAGGUUGGAAGAAUCAUAAAUUGUAUAAUUCUGCUAAUGCUGGCCUUUCCAGAUACUGUUUUGCCACCUCUUUGGGUUUGUAGAAGGUGGAAAUCAUGCCCCAGCCCCAAGUAUCUCUCAUUCCUUUCACUUUAAUAUAUAUCUAUAUAUUUGUGGCUUACCUCAUGGGCAGUGUGUUAGAAAAUAUCGCUGCUCUUACGUUUGCUUCUUGUUGCACUUUGAAAAACCAACAACAGAUAUUUCAAACAGCGCUAUGCAGCCUAAACCUUUGUGGUCUGUAGCUUUAAUGCUCGUUCUUCUGUCGCCAAGUAAACUAGGUUUAGAAUACUGUCAGGGAUAUCCAGUCAACUCUUGCUCAAAAUGACAGCCCUGAUCCAGGAGAGAACAGGACAUUCCCCUUUCCCAACAAGGGACCAAAGAGCCGUCAAGACGAGAGCAUCAAUAGCAUGACUUUUGUUUACAAUCCCUUUGUAACCUUGCCUGUCCUCUUUUCUUCAAAUGCCUAAGCUGUAUUUCUGAAUGCUCAGAUGAAAUUAGAAAUGUGUGGAUUGAAGGAAAAUUUAAUGAGGAGGAAGCAGAAUUCUUCCUCCACAAACUAUACCUCGGUUCUGUUCUUUUUGGAAUAUUUUCUGCCUUGGCAGGACAGAAUACCAGCAAGAGGGGAAGCAGGGUUUACUUUUCUGGAUCAGAGCUUUUACUUGCAAUUCUUUGAUGAACAGUAUUAAAUAGUUGCCCUCACUCUCCUAAAAGACCCUUAAAUGACAUUUUAAUUAAAAACACACACACAAUUCUACCACAAUACUAGAUGUCGCCUCGCCUAACAGUUAACAUGUGCAGCUUGGGUUUUUGUAUAUGCAGGGAGGGAGAUAUAUGCAUAAUGCACACGCAGGCAGUUACUGGGCUGUGUACUGCUCUUAAUUUAUUCUGGAGCCUGUAGAGCUGCUGCUUUAAUUUGUUCCUAAUACAUAUGCAAGAAAUCUGCUUGUAUACUGAUGACUUGCCCUGACCUACUAAUGAAUGUUGCUGAGAUGUUGAAGGUGGAGAAAAUAUGCCUUUCCCUCCCUUCCUUCUUCCCUUCCUUCAUCUCUUUCUCCUCUCAUUCCUUUUCCCACCCUCUCAGUCUCAUUGUCUCCGCUGCUAAUGAUCAUCCUUGCUGUGUACAAAUGCUGAGGUCAGAAUGAAGGAGACAGACUCACAGGGCUGGAUGUCUUAACCCGGAACCUGGUGCAUGUUUUGGCUUGCUGAGAAUUCCAGGUUGCAUUUUUUAAAAAGCCAUGUCUUUUUUUAACCAUGAGGGAUUUGUUGGCUUUGGGGGCCAAUGAGGCAUGAGGGUCUGAGGCCAAUGUUGAAUGGGAUCUGAAUAAUAAAUGUUGAGAACCUGACACCCUUUUCCUUUCUUCUCUAUCCUCACCUCCAGUCAGUGGCGAUAUUGGCUGGGUGAUUCUGGGAGUUGUCAUAUUUUUAAAAAUUGUAAGCUCUAAACCAUGGAGAACUUGCUUUGUGGUUGGCAAUUGGCCAUUUGGUCCUGGAAAUCAUACCCACCUGGGUUUGUGAAUGUUUGGACCUCAGUUGGUUCAUGCAUUACAUCUUCUUAAGAAAUGUUGUGGUACUUCUUGUUUUGGAGGAAGCAGUGGUGAGGUCACUUUUGAAGAAAACAUGUGUUGUCGUCCCCCUUAGCAAUUAUUGUGCAUAUAUGUGCCUUCAAGUCUACCAACAUAUUACUUUCUAAUUUGCCAUUCCCAAAAAAAGUCAGUAUUAUUUGUGGUGACUUCUUGACUUCAGACAGUUCUAGAUGAAAUGCUUGGCAUUGAGAUGGAAAUGGGUUUGGUUGUCCUGGGAUGACAUAGGCUGCGUGAUGCUGGGAGGAAAAACUGGGUUUUGUUCAGAGCUCAGAAAAGUUAUUCUCUAGGACAGGCAUGGGAAGGCAUGGGCAAACCUAGGCCCUCCAGAUGUUUUGGACUUCAAUUCCCACAAUUCCUAACAGCCUAACAGCUGUUAGGAAUUUUGGGAAUUGAAGUCCAAAACACCUGGAGGCCAAAGUUUGCCCAUGCCUGCCCUUGGGCUAUAAAACUCCACAAAUUUCCCCGCCAGGACAAGUAGCCAGGUUCUGAUCCUCUCGCAACUCUAAAUGAUUUUUAAUAUUGUUGCCUCCAGAAAUUGGAAAAGAGUUGUUCUUGGAUUACUGCCCGUAAAGUCUCGAAUUCCGGAGGGUUUUAGGAGUGGUAGUUCUGCCUUGACCAUGGUUGCCAUCUGGAUUGCUUGUUUCAUUUGGGCAUCAUUGGUCCAAUGUUGCACUGGUUUCAGACCUUCCUGGAAGUGCAGGCUGAGAUGGUGGUUUAACCACAUAUCCAUGGGCUGGAGGACAUUUUCUUCCAGCUUUUUUUCGACUACAUUCCCAUCAUAGAGAUUGGGGAUUGCAUCUGGAGUGGCACCAGUAUAAAAUGGCUGUGUCUUGUUUUCAUCUAUACCUCAUAGAGAAGUAGAAAUUGAGCAGGUUUCUAAAGGCAUUUUGAGGCAGACAACAAUAAAGAAAUUUUAUCUUAACAGGAUAGAGGUAGUAUAGACAAAGAAAUAACUUGCUGUAGAUGGAGGUUUACAUCAGUCCUCUGAAAUCUGAAAAAUGCAAUUUCGCCUUCCUUUCAGGAAGCCCUCUCAUUAUACAUUUUUGGGAACAGGCUCAUAUAUUCUGCGUGGCUUUCUUAUAAAAAAGAGACAUUAUUGGGCUUCUGUUUAUUGCUUUAUCUUUGUUUACUGGCUUUAGCAUUUGUUGGGAACAUGUAGAUUAAAAUGGCCUUUAGCACUGUUUUUUAUUAGUAUUUCAUGGAAUUGCAUUUUUUGGUUAUUUUCUAAAGCCAGGAAGCAAGCAGAUACAAAACCUAUCCCGGCAGAGUAGAAACAAAAAGUGCAUGUCCUCUAACCUUUGCUAGAUGAAAAGUGGAACAUAUACAGCCAAGCAGUGGCAGACUGUUUUCAAGCGGGCAAAAUGUAUGAAUGAGCAAGUAUACAUAAGCUAGAAGAGACUGCAGCUGGUUGCUUUUGCCUGGCUUUUUUGGGAAGGGAAAGACACUGCCUGCUUUCUUCAUCACUAAGUUUCCGGAGUACAAACUACUUUCAUACUUUGAACUCAGUUUGCAUCAAUUAAGGACAAUGGGGGAAAGUGAGAGGAAGAGAGAGAUAGGGACAUUUUGAAAAAGCAAUAAAAAAAAGGGAUAAUAGGAUUAUAUGUCCCAACUUCAUGCAUCCCUAUAAUCUGUUCCCCUUUCUUCUCUGUUUCUUGUCCUCAAUUUAUGACAUUCUCCAUAAAUUAUUAUUUACUUUGCUGUGUAGAACUGGGCUUUCUAAUCUGUUCUGGAAAAAUGAUUUUUUUUUUGGUCUUCAACUCCCAGAACAUUCCCUCCCCAUUUCAAUUCAAAACAGCCUCCUUUUCCAUCUCUGUCAAGAAGACUGCCAGCCUUGUGUAUGAAGUCUAUUUAUUCUGGUGUCAGCUCUCCUUCUCUGCCUCCCAUUUGAUUCUCCGAAUGUAUCCGUUCCAUGUUCCUUUUGCUUUCUCUCCACUUGCCACGUUCUGUGGGGAAUGGGACCUGCAGCUCUGGACCCCUUUUCCUUGCCAUAUUACGACUGGAAUUGAAUGCAGGCCUUGUUCAGGCUGUCUCUUUAUGUCUGUCUGAAACGCUGUACUGGUUAACCUUCUUUUGUCUGCCUCCUGUUGUGCUGCCUAUCAACACGAUAGCAUUUAAACUUUUUUAAAAAUCAAAAACUCCAAAAAACUAUGCAAUAAAAGCAAUAGCAUGGAA